AUGACAUAUGAAGCUGCAGAAAUUGCCCCUGAGAUUGGCGUUGAUGGAUUGACUCACUUAUUUAUCGACCGUGGUGCCGACUCCAGCAUCCUGGAUACAUUGAGAGGUGUAUUCAUCAUACCCCGGUUGUACCUCAAAGCCACCAUCUUCGGAAACAAACCUACUGCAUCCGCUUUAGACCCCCGAGUGCGUGAGAAGCUUCCUCCAGCCUGGCUUGCUCCCCUCGAAGGCGGCACGGACACCUUUGCAGAGAGUGAUUUCGACACCGUGUUGAAGACUGAGGCGGACCUGCGUCCGGCUGGCAUCGAUAAUCCGGGAGGUUUCAAACCCAUCGAAGCUUUGCGUGCUGCAAUGAGUGUGCCAGCUCGUUGCUUCUGGCUGACGGACCGAGGACGGAUCGUCGAGGGACUCCGAGGAGGCUUGCUGCUUGUACAAGGAGAUCCCAUGAGUGACAUUCGAGACACAUUAUCCAUCAGAACUAUCUGGAGACGCGACUCUGAAUUGGACUCCACUCCAUUAUAA